AGGGCACUUCUACACCAGAGGAAAACCCUGCAUGUAAACCCAGAAUCUGCUAUAAAUACACCACCAGCAGGAGCCAUUGGACGGGUGAAAUUCACACAAAGCAAUAACGAUGAAGGAUAGGCAAAGUAAACAAGUCAUAUUUAACGGACAAGAGCUUAAUUCUUUACUCUUGGUGGCUGACAGUUAUAGGAUACCUAUAGCUGUGGCGUGUUUGGUCGUCUUCACGGUGUUCGCCGCAUUUUUUGUAUUAAGGAUUCUGAGACUUCAAAGAGUUAAACAGAAUACAAGUGCUGGGAUAGAAACAGAGAAGGUGGUGCGUCAGAAGGGAAACAGGCGCAACGCGAAGUCAAAAGGGAAACGACGGGUGCCAGUGUCGAAAAUACCAAAAUUUGAAAAAGGCAAUUCUCUAGAUGUAAGUCGAAGACCACAGCAUGAAGAUGAUCGGCCCACUGCUGGAUCUAAAGCAGACUCUCUGCUUAAGUUUAAUAAAAAUACUGCCUGUGACAGCAGCCACAAGCAAGUUAGGGGCAACCGAAGCGAGAAUCUGAAUGACGGUUCUCUUACUUUGGGUGACCAGCUCGGCCUUAACAGCUAUAGAGAAUCAAUGCAUGUGAAAGUUUCUAAGGACAAUGUCAAUGAAUUCGUCGAAUCCCAAAUGGACAUUCAAGGAUGCUGUAGUGACUGUUAUGAACCAAAGAAUCAGGAAGAUGAGGAUAAUGUAGAAUUUAUUUAUAAGAAGAGUUUGAAGGAUGGGAGUCUUCAAAACAAUCAGGAAUCAGGAGCUGACGUUUCUCAGUCUGACCUGAAAGAAGAGCAAGAGAUGGAACCCCUGAAAGCAGAUAUGACCUGUGCAGAGGUGAUUUACAAGAAGACGGAGAUAUGUGUCAUGGGAGUAGCUAUGAAAGACUUUCAUGAAGGCCUGUCCAAUGGUUGUCAAGGACCGUCCAUCAGUGAGCAGCAAUGUAGUGAUCUGCCCAAUGGUAUGCAUGUCAAUAGACAUUAUGAAGAAGAGAUGGUCAUUCAGAGAGAGACAAAGUGUGAUAAGGAGAAGAAUGGUCAGGCAGUAAUAGAAACAGAAAUAAAGAAUGAUGCAACCGUUAACAUGCAGGAGAAUGCUUCAGUUUGCUAUCCAAGCAAGAAUUCUCAAAAUCUGAGUGAUUUUCUUAAUGACAUGGAUAGAGACAAAGAUGAAGAUGACCACUAUCGAACAGAAAAUAAUACACAAAAUCUGAAAUACGCAACAGUGAUUUGUGAGAUCUCAGCUGAAAAAAAUGCGGAAACACAGACGACAAGCCAUUCCACGACAGACGUGAAGAUCGCUGAGGAAACCACAAAUAACCACAAGAGGACAGAUCUCAGCAAUGCGGAGAAGAAGACUGAUGUCCUCAGAUUGAGUCUGAAUGAUUUGCCUGGUGGAUCAUAUCAAGAGCCUGACAAGAAACCGUUGAACGACUCUCGAUCGACUCCGGUCCAAUUUGAGAGCCUUCUAAAGAGUAAAAGUGUCGCUGCAGUGCAGCCGAUGUCCCACACUGUCAAAGUGAACUUUCGUGUUCACUAUGUCACCCACUCACCUUCUGAGGCCCUCGCUGUGGCUGGAAAUAAGAAUGAAUUAGGAAGCUGGAAGAAUUUUAUCCAACUACAGCAGGAAAAGGGGGGAUACUGGUCCAACACCAUUGUGCUCCCAGUGGACAGUCACGUGGAAUGGAAGUUUGUGCUUGCGGAGGAUGGCAAGAUUAGUCUGUGGGAAGAGUGUGGAAACCGGUCGUUCUUCACUGGACAACAUGAAGAAAUACAUCUUCACAAAUGUUGGGGUCACGUCUAAAAUCAUUAUGGGUAAAAUAAACUAAACUGACUUUUCAUUGUAUAAGGCAAUGAAAUCAAGUGUCAGUCCGCAAUGUAUAAAUAUAUUAUUCAUUGUUAGCUAAUUGUAUAGUUAAUGCAAAGUUGUUUUGAGGGGAGAAAACAAUGCUAAACACCUAAAUAAAUACAAUAACAAGUCUGUUAUAAACUCUAACUAAAAUACGAACACUGAGGUAGGGGUGGUGCAGUGGCACAUCAGUCAGCACUGCGUUGUUUCCCACCUUGAGGCCUCCAGGAUAGGCUACAGACACCCCCCCCCCCAACCCUGAAUAGGACAAGUGGUUACAGAAGAUGGAUGGAUAGAUGGGUAACAGAAGAUAGAUGAAUAAACAAAGGUGAGAAGCAGAAGCUAAAAGUAGCCCUGAGCUACUUUUGGUGGCUUUUAUACUUAUUUUGAUAGUUAGUUCUAUAUUAUAUCUGAUUUUUCCAAACUAUUUGAGUUUGUCAUAAAAUUGUAUUUUGAAACUUUGAAAAUAUUUUUUUAAUUGACUUUAUUUUUAAACUCAACAGUCAGAGAUUAAUUGACUUGGUUGCCACAUAAUGUCAAAUGAUCUUUUUUUGUAACAUUGUAAAAAUUGCACGUUUUCUUUUUUUGCGAUCCAAACUGAAGGAAUGAUCCAAAAUAUUUACAUAAAAUUUAUUUCAUUGUUGUGAAGAGCUUCCUUUCAAGCAGCUAGUAAUAAACCUCUGCAGAUCCGUACUGAAAUGACAGGUCGUUUCCCUCAUCUUUGUUUGUUUGUCUUCUAGCACACAUUUAAGAACAAACUUAUGACAUCACAUUUCAACAGGGCAAGGAGCAAGCAAAUAGGUGACGUCUAUGUGCGUAACCAGCUUUAAAUAAAAUAAUUUACCAUGAAUUUUUUUUAUGAAUAACAUUUAGAAAAGAAUGAAUAGCAUGAAUAAAUACAUACACAAAUUCAAUGCACUGCAUAAAUAAAAUGACUGUACUCGGUAUUUUAAUUAGAUUUUCAUACAUUACAAAAUGACAUUGUUACAUGAAUAUUAUCAGAAUUCAGAUUUAAAAUCAGAAAAUAUUUCAUUCUGAAGACCACUUUGAAGAAAUCUAAAUCUGAAUAAUAUUAAUAAUAGCAAUGCAAUGCUGGAAGCGUCUUAAUAAGAGUUAGUCUUAAGCAGCCUGGCUGUUUUAAUAGCAUCAUUUUGGUGUAUGUGACGUGCAGAAAUUGAUGUUGACAGGAUCCUGGUGGAAUCCUCAGCAUCAGUCCAUAAUUUGGGUGUCAUCUUCGAUCAGCUUCUUACCUACCAACCACACGUCACUAGUACACUGCGCAUUUUUUUUUAUCCCUAACUUACUCACUGUAAUUAUUCUUCUUGUAUGUAACUAUUACUGUCUUGUUAAUUGUGUUUUUGUUGAAUUGUAAAGUGUCCUUGAGUAUUUGAAAGGCACUAUAUAAAUAAAAAAAUUGCAGUUA